GCCCGCGCUGCACACCCCCUAUCCACUCUUCUUUUUCCAGUCUCAUGCUCAUGCUCAUCCAUGGAUCGUCCUCAUCACUCAUCAGGGCGUUUGCACGGCGUCUCCAGGCCUCCGCGGGGGGCGGUUCCAGCGCCUCCAUCAAAGCCCCUCUCCCUGGCCUGCCGUGGCCGGUACCCAGCUGUGCAGCCCCUUCAGCGCGCCCCUUCAGCGCCCCCUGGGCCCUUGAGCACACUUGAGCCUUGCCGCUCCCCAUGCCCCUGCAACUGGCCUUGAACAGAGUAUCUUCAGUUCUCCACGAGACCGGGCUUAUUCAUCAUCAUCUUUAAGACUGCCUUGGGGCUGUUGUAUUGAUGUGGCUGUG